AUGACGGUCCAAAAAUGUCCAAAUGGUAGAUAUGGCAAAGGUUGUAAAACUUCCUGCGCAAACAGACAUUGUCUUGGAAACUCGCCAUGUGAUCACUUGACCGGGGAAUGUGUCGUUGGCUGUGAUCGAGGAUAUGAAACACCUGACUGCUCUACGAAAUCCGGAUACGGCGACGUCAGUCUUCAUCUCACUGGCACAGCUCCUGUCGUCCUUUCAUCCCUGUUGUUGAUAACCUGGCUUGCUUCCGACCUGUCACCGUAUGCUGAACCACCAUGUCGUGCUGGUACGUUUGGUGCUGGGUGUAAGUUAAACUGCAGUGAACGACACUGUGAUGGAGACAGUACGACGUGUGAUGCUCAAAGUGGAACAUGUAGAAAUGGCUGUAAGCCAGGAUGGAAGAAACCAAGUUGUAUGGAACCAUGUGGCACUGGUCUGUACGGCGCCGAUUGUUUGUCUAUCUGCACAAGAAGACACUGUCUGACUAAAGCGGCGAGUUGUGAUCACGUGACUGGUUCAUGUGGAGGAAAGUGUGAACACACCUGGCGAGGAGAAGACUGUACUGGGUGUGAUGGAAAAUACGGCAGAGAUUGCAGCUAUUCCUGCAGUGGCAGGAAGUGUAGAGACCUCUCAGCGCCAUGUCAUCACGUGACUGGAUCUUGCAAUGGACUGUGUGUUUCUGGUUGGCAAGGAAUAGCUUGCAAUGUGAGUGUGACCGUGUCUACAGAUGUCUUGUGCGUUCCUGGGGUUGGUGGUCCAAUGAUGAUUCCUGCUUUUCUAGACGUCUACUGGUGGGACAAGCUUCUGUAUAUUAGGUUCCUUAGUGUCCUAAAUGAGUUCUAG